UCCAGCACCAGUUCACUUCCCUCUCUCUCUCAGUUCCCCCCAGCUAGCCAGGAAAAGACGCUGACCCGGACUUUGGCUCUUUUCUCUGGUCCCUGUUUGAAUGUGUCGGACCCUCCACUCCCACCCACCGCUCUGCAACACAAACAAUAACCAGUCCUAAUUUACUGGAUCUGCUCUUUGUUACCAGAGCCUUUACCCUCCUCUGCUUCUAUUCCCGGAGAGAGAAGGAGAGUUAUUUCUUCCUUUUACCGGAUUGAUUUCUGAAUGAAUCUGGAUUGUUUUCCUUCUUGUUGUUGGGCUGCCGCUGCAGGACCAGAGCUGAUGUUUCCACCAAUGUAAUUAGCCCAGGCUACUGUCAACGAAACCGGUUUAAACGUCGGAACAAAAGGGACGUUGAAGAUCUUUUCCCCGACCAGGUCUGUCAACCAUUAUUCACCACUGCAGUUGUCAAGUUGGAGCCCUGCUGGGAAAUGGACAAACCCCUCUAAAGUGAAGACGCUGCUUUGCCUCACCAACACAACCCCAGGACGUGAUUUGGACGAGGAUCCCCCGAGUGGAGCAACAAGAUCAUGUUUACUACCCUGUUUCUAUGGUAACCCAAGAGGAGCAUGCACGUCCGGGUCAGGAGUUAACCUCAGCGCUCAUCUCCUCCGCCUGACUCCUGUGAGAACUACACUACCCACGAGUCCUGUGAACUGAGGACCCAGUCUGACAUUUAGAUCAGUUUUAAGAAAGACACUCAGAGGAACAAAAACUACGACGACACCACCACAACACUGCUGUGAAGACGACCAACAUGGCCAACAACACGGCAGACCACCCUCCGGGGAAUUCGGUGGCAGAGGGCAACCAUGACGGAGACUUUGGGGUGACCGUGAUGGAACUGAGGGAGCUGAUGGAGCUGCGGAGCGCCGAGGCCGUCAACAAGAUACAGGACGCGCACGGAGACGUGCAGGGCAUCUGCCGCCGCCUGAAAACAUCACCUAUAGAAGGUCUGUCUGGUAACCCCGUUGAUUUGGAGAAACGUCACGCGGCGUUCGGCAAGAACUUUAUCCCACCCAAGAAGGCCAAGACGUUCCUGCAGCUGGUUUGGGAGGCUCUGCAGGAUGUCACACUUAUUAUUCUGGAAAUCGCUGCAAUCAUCUCGCUGGGCCUGUCCUUCUACCAUCCACCAGGGGGCGACAGUGAAGCAUGUGGCCAGGUUGCAGGUGGCGUGGAGGACGAGGGCGAGGCCCAGGCUGGCUGGAUCGAGGGCGCCGCCAUCUUGUUCUCGGUCAUCAUCGUGGUCCUGGUGACGGCCUUCAACGAUUGGUCCAAAGAGAAGCAGUUCCGCGGGCUGCAGAGUCGCAUCGAACAUGAACAAAAGUUCACCGUCAUCCGCAAAGGCCAGGUCAUCCAGAUCCCUGUGGCCGAGUUGGUGGUGGGAGACAUCGCUCAGAUCAAAUAUGGAGACCUGCUGCCUGCUGACGGGAUCCUGAUCCAAGGCAACGACCUGAAGAUCGACGAGAGCUCUCUGACCGGAGAGUCUGAUCAGGUCCGAAAGUCUAUGGAGAAGGACCCCAUGCUGCUGUCCGGGACCCAUGUAAUGGAGGGAUCAGGCAGGAUGGUGGUGUCAGCCGUCGGCCUCAACUCUCAAACCGGCAUCAUCUUUACUCUGCUGGGCGCCGGCGAGCACGAAGAAGUGAAGAAGGUCAAGAAAAGUAAAAAACAAGGACCCCCCGAAAAUCGCAACAAAGCCAAAACCCAGGACGGCAUUGCCCUGGAGAUCCAGCCGCUGAAGAGCGAGGAGGCCACCGAGUCGGAGGAAAAGGAGGAGGCCAAACCGGUGAAGAAGGUUAACGUGACCAAGAAGGAGAAGUCGGUGCUGCAGGGCAAACUUACCAAACUGGCUGUACAGAUCGGGAAGGCUGGUCUGAUCAUGUCGGCUCUGACUGUCGUCAUCCUCAUCCUCUACUUUGUGAUCGACACCUUCGCGGUCCAGGGUCGGACCUGGUUGGCCGAGUGCACCCCCAUCUACAUCCAGUACUUUGUCAAGUUCUUCAUCAUCGGCGUGACGGUGCUGGUGGUGGCCGUUCCCGAGGGGCUGCCGCUCGCCGUCACCAUCUCUCUAGCCUACUCCGUCAAGAAAAUGAUGAAGGACAACAACCUGGUGCGUCAUCUGGACGCCUGUGAGACCAUGGGCAACGCCACGGCCAUCUGCUCGGACAAGACGGGCACGCUGACCAUGAACCGCAUGACGGUGGUGCAGGCGUACGUCGGCGACACGCACUACAGAACGGUCCCUGAACCCGACGCCAUCAAACCAGAGACUCUGGAAGUUAUGGUCAACAGCAUUUCUAUCAACUCGGCGUACACCACCAAGAUCCUGUCUCCGGAAAAAGAAGGUGGCCUUCCCCGCCACGUGGGCAACAAGACCGAGUGUGCUCUGCUGGGCCUGGUGCUGGAGCUGAAGAGGGACUACCAGCCAAUCAGAGAUGAGAUCCCCGAAGAGAAACUCUACAAGGUUUACACCUUCAACUCCUCCCGCAAGUCCAUGAGCACGGUGCUGAAGAACGCUGAUGGAGGUUUCCGCAUGUACAGCAAAGGAGCGUCAGAGAUAGUCCUGAGAAAAUGCUCCUAUAUCUUGGACGCCCAGGGUCAGCCUCGCAUCUUCAAGCCGAAGGACCGUGACGAGAUGGUGCGUAAGGUGAUUGAGCCGAUGGCGUGCGACGGGCUGAGGACCAUCUGCGUGGCUUACAGGGACUUUCCCGCCGAGGCCGGAGAGCCAAACUGGGACAACGAGAACGACAUCUUGAAUGACCUCACCUGCAUCGUGGUGGUCGGCAUCGAGGACCCCGUCAGACCUGAGGUACCUGAGGCUAUUACCAAGUGCCAGCGUGCAGGCAUCACUGUACGUAUGGUUACCGGAGACAACAUCAACACCGCCCGCGCCAUCGCAACAAAGUGUGGCAUCCUGCUGCCCGGUGAGGACUUCCUGUGUAUGGAGGGCAAAGAGUUCAACCAGCAGAUCAGAAACGACCAGGGAGAGGUGGAACAAGAGCGUCUGGACAAAGUUUGGCCCAAACUGCGCGUUCUGGCUCGUUCCUCGCCAACAGACAAACACACUCUGGUCAAAGGUAUCAUCGACAGCACGGUGGGCGAAACCCGACAGGUGGUGGCGGUGACAGGAGACGGUACCAACGACGGCCCCGCCCUCAAGAAAGCUGAUGUUGGCUUUGCCAUGGGAAUUGCCGGCACAGACGUGGCAAAGGAAGCGUCUGACAUCAUCCUGACUGACGACAACUUCACCAGCAUCGUCAAGGCCGUCAUGUGGGGAAGGAACGUCUACGACAGCAUCUCCAAGUUCCUGCAGUUCCAGCUGACCGUCAAUGUGGUGGCCGUGAUCGUGGCGUUCACCGGCGCCUGCAUCACACAGGACUCCCCUCUGAAGGCCGUCCAGAUGCUCUGGGUCAACCUCAUCAUGGACACUCUGGCGUCUCUUGCUCUGGCCACCGAGCCGCCCACCGAGUCUCUGCUGCUACGCAGGCCGUACGGCCGCAACAAGCCUCUCAUCUCCAGGACCAUGAUGAAGAACAUCCUGGGUCACGCCGUGUACCAGCUCGUCAUCAUCUUCACCCUGCUCUUCGCUGGUGAGUCGAUUUUCGACAUGGACAGCGGCCGCAACGCUCCCCUGCACGCGCCCCCGUCGGAGCACUACACCAUCGUCUUCAACGUGUUCGUCAUGAUGCAGCUCUUCAACGAAAUCAACGCCAGGAAGAUCCACGGAGAGAGGAAUGUGUUCGAGGGCAUCUACAGGAACCCCAUCUUCUGCAGCGUAGUACUGGGGACCUUCGUCCUGCAGAUCGUCAUCGUUCAGUUCGGAGGGAAGCCGUUCUCCUGCACGGCUCUGACCAUCGACCAGUGGCUGUGGUGCGUGUUCAUCGGUGUGGGAGAGCUGCUGUGGGGACAGCUGAUCUCGGCCAUCCCCACCCACCGCCUGAAGUUCCUGAAGGAGGCGGGCCACGGCACCACCAAGGAGGACAUCCACGAGGAGCAGAUGACGGAGGGCGCCGACGAGAUCGACCACGCCGAGAUGGAGAUGAGGAGAGGCCAGAUCCUCUGGUUCAGAGGGCUGAACCGCAUCCAGACGCAGAUGGAUGUGGUCUAUACCUUCCAGACGGGCCAGGCGCCGGUGCCCGGUGCCCUGCGCCGCCAGCCGUCGGUCGUCAGCCAGCACAAUGACAUUAAGGUGGUGAACGCGUUCCGUAGCUCCCUGUAUGCGGGGCUGGAGAGCCCAGAGUCCCGUAGCUCCAUCCACAGCUUCAUGGCCCAUCCUGAGUUCGUCCCCCAGUCCGAGGAGGAGGCUCGCAUCCCCACCAUCGAGGAGACCGGAGACGAGAUCGACCUCCUCCCCAGCGCCUCCUCUGGGGCCGGGGGAGGAGGAGAGCCGCCCAGCGCCUUCCCCCACAGCUGCGAGUCAUCCAUCUGAGCUCCUCCUCCCUCCUCCAUCCUCUUUAUCAGCAUCAUCGGUCAUCCCAUCAACUGAACUGUCGCGCUGAGGAGGGAAGUCACUCUGCAUCCCCUCAUUCUGCACACACACACACGCACGCUUCACAUCGUCUUCACCCCCUCUCAGUCAUUCCUGCCACCAUGUGUUUUUCAUACUGACUGUGGCGUCAUCCUGCCUGUAAGUUUGUCCCUCCACCACCACCACCACCACCACUACCACACAUGUCUCAGUAGAGGGUGGAGGCCUGCCCAUUCAUGUAUAUUUUUUACUUGACGAUCCUUUUGAAAAGCUUUUAAACUACGCUGGGUUCGAUCUUUUGCGGGACUCGCAGCAGCAUGUCGUGUUCUGUACUCGCUUCAUUCCCGCUCCCCAAAAAAAAAAAAAAAACGGCACAGAACUUUUCAGAGAGUGCAGUGAUUCUCAUGUACAUACGCUUUUCCGCUCCUCUACACAGCUAACAGCCGGGUUUGGUGAUCAGAAGAUUUUUAGGCAAAUGCAAAAAUGUAAUUUAGUUAGUUUGUUUUUUUUUAAAAAAACCUCUUAACGAUUGUUAAUCGAUAGUUCAUUCAAACUCCUGAGAAUGUCUUGUGAGUGUGACACUACGGUCUUAAAAGGUUCAACUGUUCAAAAUAUGUUCUUCCCCUUUUUUUUUUUUUUGGUGUCUGUAUGCGUUUGCUUUUUCUUUUAUCAGCUGUGUUGCUUGUUGAAGGACAGAAUGCUUACUUACCCAAAAAUAUCCAACAUGGCGGCGUCCAGAGAGGGCUCCCUCCCUGCCUAGUGAGGGUCUGACUUCAUCUCAUCCAGUCAGGGUUCUGGUUCUCCCCCCCCCCACCCCCACCCCCAGUACGUCCACAGUGUCGAUAGGAAGCAGGAGCGUGGUCUAGGUUUCCAGCUCUAGUAGGAUGCAUGUUAUGUUUCAUUCGUGUUGAGUCGCAUGAUAACUUAGGAAUGAGUAUUUGGGAUUCUGUUCAGACGACUAUAUGUGUGUUAGUCUGCAGCAGCUUCUGUUCGGCGCUUCAUUCACUUCCUUGUCUUUAUGACUGAACUUCCCGUUACCACAACCGCACAAAAAAAAAAAACCAGACUCAUCAAUACUUGAUCAAGUCUU